UCACAUUCAUUCGUAAAUACCAAAUUAGCCUCGGUGCGCGAGACUGAUAUCUGCAGCGGAGAGCUCGUGGUGUGAUUUUGUCUGACGGCGGGCUUUGCACUUGUACCAUGGCAGCCGUGCUCUCCACCUCCAUAAACAUUAAAGAGCCACGCUGGGAUCAGGGAACAUUUGUGGGUCGCGCAAAGCAUUUCUUCACUGUCACAGACCCUAGAAACAUCCUCCUGUCGAAUGAACAAUUAGAAAAUGCACGUCAGAUUAUUCAGGAUUACAAAAAAGGGGUGGUAUCACCGGGUCUCACAGAAGAUGAGCUAUGGAGGGCGAAGUAUGUUUUUGACUCGGCAUUCCAUCCAGACACAGGCGAGAAAAUGCUCCUGAUUGGUCGCAUGUCUGCUCAGGUUCCUAUGAACAUGACCAUCACUGGAUGCAUGAUGACGUUCUACAGAACGACUCCAGCAGUUCUGUUUUGGCAGUGGAUCAAUCAGUCUUUCAAUGCAAUAGUCAAUUACACCAACAGGAGUGGAGACGCUCCCAUCACAGUAAACCAGCUUGGCACAGCAUAUGUAUCAGCCACCACAGGGGCCGUGGCUACUGCUUUAGGACUAAAUGCAUUAGCAAAGCAUGUGUCCCCACUCAUAGGACGCUUUGUGCCAUUCGCUGCUGUAGCUGCUGCUAACUGUAUCAAUAUUCCACUCAUGAGACAACGGGAACUCAAACAUGGCAUUCCAGUAACAGAUGAGAAUGACAAUCGGUUAGGAGAAUCUUCAAAUGCAGCUCAACAGGCCAUUACACAAGUGGUGGUUUCCAGAAUCCUCAUGGCCUCUCCGGGAAUGGCAAUCCCUCCAUUUUUAAUGAACUCUUUGGAAAAGAAGGCCUUCCUCAAGAGGUUUCCGUGGAUGAGUGCACCCAUUCAAGUUGGCUUGGUUGGGUUUUGCCUUGUGUUUGCAACCCCAUUGUGUUGUGCGUUAUUCCCACAAAAGAGCUCUAUGGCAGUGAGCCGCUUGGAACCAGAACUGCAGGAGAAGAUUCGAGCCAGUCAUCCUGGAAUAGAGACGGUCUACUUCAACAAAGGACUGUAAAGACAAACGUUGGUGAAUCUCCUCUCUACUGUAAUGGUUUCACGUACCAUCUUAAACAUCUUUUGUGUGCCAAAGUUCACCCGUUCCUCUCCAGGACAUACCAACUCAGU